CAACAGUAAGCUCUUGAGAAGGAAGAGAGUCCCCUUGGUACAGAUGCCCCAUCACCAGACACUCACCAUGCCAGGUGUAGAGAGGGGCUGUAGCAGGUCCAGCCUCUUUCCUCUGGUGUGGCCUUUUUCCUCUGGUAUAGGUCAAGACACUUCACCAUGGUCAUGUUCUGUUUUCUUUGGUAGACAAUGGGUGGAGACCUGUCUGGCAAAGCUCAGAAUGCAUCCAAAGGGAUCUAUGCGAUGGCAUCCCGGGAUGUCUUCCUCCUGAAGAACCAGUCUCGCUACCGGAACUUAGACCUAGAAGUUUAUGUGACGUUCUUUGAGAUCUACAAUGGAAAGCUAUUUGAUCUGCUCAACAAGAAGGCCAAGUUGCGUGUCCUGGAAGACAGCAAGCAACAGGUACAGGUGGUGGGACUACAGGAGCACCUGGUUAACUCUGCUGAGGAUGUCAUCAAGAUGAUCAACAUGGGCAGCGCCUGCAGGACCUCUGGACAAACAUUUGCCAACUCCAAUUCCUCCCACUCCCAUGCCUGCUUCCAGAUUCUUCUUCAAACCAAAGGGAAAUUAUAUGGCAAAUUUUCCUUGGUGGAUCUGGCAGGGAAUGAAUGAGGGGCAGACACCUCCAGUGCUGACCGGCAGACUCGCAUGGAGGGUGCAGAAAUCAACAAAAGUCUCCUGGCUCUGAAGGAGUGCAUCCGGGCCCUGGGACAAAACAAGGCUCAUACUCCAUUCCAUGAGAGCAAGCUCACACAGGUGCUGAGGGACUCCUUUAUCAGAGAAAAUUCAAGGACUUGCAUGAUUGCCAUGACCUCACCAGGCAUAAGCUCCUGUGAAUAUACUUUAAACACACUACAAUAUUGCAGACAGGUAUGAGAACUGAGCCCCAACAGCCAGCCCAGUGGAGAACAGCCACUUCAAAUGGAAACAGAGGAAAUGGAAGCCUGCUCUAAUGAGACCUCAGUGGCAGGCAAUCUCUCCAAAGAAGAGGAUGAGCUCUCUUCCCAGACGUCCAGCUUUAAUGAAGCCAUGACUCAGAUCAGGGAGCUGGAGGAGAGUGCCAUGGAAGAGCUCAGGGAGCUUAUACAGCAAGGAACACACUGGCUUGAGCUCUCCGAGAUGACAGAUCAGCCGGACUAUGACUUGGAGACCUUUGUGAACAAAGCAGAAUCUGCUGUGGCACAGGGGGCCAAGCAUUUGUCUGCCCUGCGAGACGUCAUCAAGUCCCUGCGCCUGGCCAGGCAGCUGGAAGAGCAGGCCAGCAAACAAAUAAACAGCAAGAAACACCAAGGGUGACUACAAAUAAAGAUCUGUUGGUAUCACAGCAGCAUCUUCACCUCCCCACUGCACUUUGGGCACUUCCUGGCUUUGGUUAGGGUCUAAGCUGGACAGGUUUUGGUAAAUGCCAAGUGUGGGGCAUCAGGCCUAGGAAUGCUCUGGAAGGGAUGCGCUUUCCUCUUCCUUAGAGG